AUGCUUGUGCAGGUUCCAGGUCAACCUGCGGGCGGAGGUGUUCCAGGCCAGGCUCAGGCUGCUAAUGUGCAAUGUCCCUCGCCACUUGCGCACGCAUGCAGAAAUAAUAACGAAGCUUUUUGUACUGCUGUUUUUGAUCUUUUGGAUUUGCAAGCUAAUGCAAAUCCAAUGACAACCUAUAAGGUCAAAGAAAGUUGUCAAAAUGCUAAUCUUAAGCAAGAAGCCAUAAGAACAUGUCCUCGUUCUUGCGCAUUUUGUUGUUUAACACCACAGUAUAACUGCACGAAUGCUACGACAAGAAGAUCACCUAUUCCGAUAUGCUCAGACGACCGAGCAAAUUGUGCACAAGUGCAGCAAUAUUGCACUGUGGAACUAUUCGCUGGAGCAUUAAGAGAACAGUUCAGAAGAACAGAUCACAUAUAUACAUAG